AGCACUCCGACUCCGUGCAAAGACAUUGCUCCGAAUACCUCUUCCUCACGUCUGCCAGUUUUCCUGAUAGGCCCACACCUAACCUAACCUACAACCUGAUACAACUAAAAGAGUAACAUAUCCAUGAACAUAAUGAUGAGUCGAUUCUUGUUUCUCUCCUGCCUCGUCGAGGUUCAUGCGAAAGGUCCUGCUUUCUUGCUUACUAGCAGCGGGAACCAGCAAUGGCCGAUGCCACCUCCACCACGGUCCAGCACAGGACGUCACCCGGUGCCUUUUCAUACAGGAACAUCAGUCAGUCCAUCCAAUUUCAUCAUGGUUGGCCCUUCUCCACUGCGGAUGCCAUAUACGUCUGGAUUUUCUUCAGGAGACGGCAGUCGUGUUUCUUCGAUUGGGAACAUUUUAACCGGCUCACCAUAUCGCGGACGACAAGUGACCGCUGAACACCUGCCUCCUCAUGGAAGUGAACUCGAAGGAGGUCUCAGCUCUGCUAUAAUUAAGGGAAUCAAUCCAGCUAGUAGAGCUUCCAUCUUCCCUAAAAGCUUGAUCCUUGGCUCUCUGUCUCAAAGGAAAAAGUCUCAAAUUCUUCAUCUUUGAGGACUGCAUCCAGGAGAAUAUCAUACUUGAAUAGCUGCUCUUUGAGGACUCUCCUAUCAUACUUGGGACUGCAUCCUUGAAAAGUGUGGGGUGGGGGAGCUGCAUUUCUUGUUCCGGGGAACUACAGGGAUAGAUUUAAUUACUUUCCUAUCUUCAUACUUGAAUUCCCUUACUCUCCUAUGCCUAUCAUACUUGAAUUAUAGAUACAACUUAAUCUUCUCGUGAUGCAAAUUGAACUCGAAGUAGAUGCAGUCCUCUCGAAGAUGCAGUCCUGCGGGUUCCACUCAUCUCUGUCUACUCAGACUUCUUCUACCUCUUUUUCCACUCAAGGUCUCCGAGUGAUGUAGAAUUAGAGCUUUUCAAACUAAAAAAAAAUAGGAGCUCUAACUCUACAUCACUCGGAGCUGGUGCGACGUUUCCCUCAGAUAUGGGCUCUCGGUAUCGUGGUGGCGAACGUGGCCCGGUCCUUCCAGCAGCUUGGGCAGCAGCAGCCGCACUAAACCGCCGUCGUGUAGGCAAGAUGAAGAAACGUGUUGCCAGAGUUAGGAAAGCUCAAGUGGCUGGAAAACAUGAAGGUGGGAGUCUAGGAGGUCAUGGAAAACAUGGAAACAGUGGUCUGGGUCCUAAGAAUGAUCUACAGAUGGGUAUGUCUUCUGAUAAUCCUAGCACUACUGCUGCUGCUGAUGAUCAUCUCCACCAAGAAGAUGUUGCUUCCAUUCCCUCUACUAGUUGUACAAGUGAAAAAUGGCGUGGGUCUACAACAGCCUUUCGUGCAGGGAAGGAGAAAACUACCACAUCAACGUCACCUCCAUCCUCUCCUUCGUCUGGAAGUAGACUUGUCUCAGCUCAUCAACUUCAUCCAGGUCAGGUAACAGGUGGGGGCUUUGCGAACGAUCUUUUCCAACAAGAAGGACCACAUGGACAAGGAGAUCAACAUCGAACAAAUCAUACAAAUAAACAUACUGCUGAAGAUACUAUAGAUGCUAUGGAUACCGUUGAGAUGACUAUUGAAACUACGGAAGAAGAUCAUAACUACGAAUAUGAUGGCGACGAGCAGCCGAUGAGGGCACACCGAGUCUCUAAGGCUGUCGUACCAGAACCACGCGCUGUUCGGGCACCGCUCUCGCGCUACCCAGGAGGAGGCGGUCAUAGUGGCUAUAUUCCAAAUAGAAAAGCGAAGAUGCCUGUGGUGCAGGAAGACGCGGUCUUUGAUGAAGAACAGCAACAGGAUGCUCUUUCUCCCUCUCCUUCUUCUUCUAUGAUGAAGAGAAGUUCGUCGUUGUCGAGUGCGUCGUCUUCGAAGAAAGCGCCAACGACUACGGGGCCAUGGUCUGCUUCUGCGCAGGUGACGAAGCAUCACGGAGUUAUGGCAUUCUUGUAGAGAUGCACAAAUUUUUGUUGAAACUUUGAAGAUGAAAAUUGAUUUUUCAUUACGUGGCCGUGGCGCAUGUUCUUCAUGAACACACAUCUGUUCUUGAGGGUGAUCAUGUUAAGCACAUCUAAUAACCACUACGCACCUCCGGAGAGGUCCGCGCAGUGGCUACCGCUUAGUCUGCUUCAGGUGCCGCCUCCUUCUCCGGCCCACAGUCGCAGCCCUUCUCGGGGCCCCUCGGAAAGCAACUCACCUACAUCUCCGUAAGAGCAGCAGGGUGGAAUAGACCACGACGUAGGAGUUGCUUACAAUUUUGACAUUGUCAGAACAACCUACUCUUGACAUCGUGGAACAAGGAGAAUGAGUGCAACGGCCAACGCGUCUUUCGUGUGUAUAUUAUAGGCGUUGACGAGAAAGUAUGUGUCUAUGAUGUGAUCGGAAAUAAAGGGAUACACGUUGUAUUACACUGACCUCUAUGUGUGACCUCUAUGUGUGACUUUUGUCUUGCUGCAACAGAAAUUAUGUUCGGUCACAAUUACUACGCAGAAGCAAGGACGACUUGGAUCGAGCCUCGGAUACGUACGUAUUUGCAAUUGCGUGGUCAAAAAUCCAGGCUAAGAUCAGAGAACGACACAACUCAAAGUAGUACUACACAACUCAAAUUGUGAGAGUUCUCUUAAUACCACUACGCAUUUCAAAUUAGUACUUGUUUUUACAAGUUUCAGUUGAAACAUUUAUUCGUUGUGAUUGAUGUGUCUAAAAUCAUUUCCAUACAACUAACUUGCAUGGGCAUCGAUGUCAGUCGAUCAUGGUGCAAGACAUUCUUUUCAUACGAUCGAUGCAUCAUCAUUAAUCAAAUCUCGAUUUUUUUAGGGCUUUCACCACGUCAACAUCAACAUACGUUCUUCUUGUUUCUAUGACUGAAGAUCGAUGUGCAUGAGGUCCGCUCUUCUCGACAUAUAAAGCUACUUACAACAUACAAACACAUCUAGCGACUUUAACACGGCAACGCCCGUGUCCUCCAUGUGAUAUCCGUAUGCUGAAAAAACUACUAUUACCUGAGAAGAAGAAUCAACAUGAACAUCAAAGUAUGCGUGAUACAUAAUUUGGGUCUUUCUCAU